UACUUAAAUAUCUAGCAUUGUGACAUGUAUUUAUAACUCCACACAGGCUCAGCAUUCUCAUAUUCAUAUCAACUUUGAACACAUUCCAGUCCAUACCUUUUUUUUUUUUUUUUUUUCUUCUCUCCUGUAUUUUUUUUUUUUUUGUACUUAGAUUGGUAAACAGGUCGAAAAAUAUGGCCAUGAAUCAAUGUAAAGACAUUGAAAAUGGUGAAAGCAAGCUUGAAGAUUUGGAAAAGCCAUUCUUAGUGCAUAAGAAAAUUGCAGAGUAUGAAGAUGUUAAGGCCAAUGAGAGAGAUGAUGAAAGUGGCUCAAUUGGCAUGCUUUUGCUUAGUACAUUUGUUGCAGUAUGUGGCUCUUUUGAAUUUGGAACCUGUGUGGGCUUCUCAGCACCCACUCAAUCUGCUAUGAGGGAAGACCUGAGUUUGACACUAGCUGAGUACUCCAUGUUCGGUUCCAUACUAACAAUUGGCGCGAUGAUUGGUGCUAUAACAAGUGGACGAAUUGCAGACUUCCUUGGUCGAAAAGGGGCAAUGAGAAUGUCAGCUGGUUUCUGCAUUACAGGAUGGCUAGCAGUCUACUUCUCCAUGGGAACAUUGCCACUUGAUAUUGGAAGAUUUUUCACAGGCUAUGGCAUUGGCAUCUUCUCUUAUGUGAUCCCAAUAUUUAUAGCUGAAAUAGCACCAAAGAAUCUCCGGGGAGGACUCACUACAAUAAAUCAGCUCAUGAUUGUUUGUGGCUCAUCGUUUGCAUUCUUGAUUGGAACAAUGAUAACAUGGCGAACACUAGCUCUGACUGGACUUGUUCCGUGCAUUGUCUUGCUUGUGGGGCUGUUCUUUAUUCCAGAGUCUCCCAGAUGGCUGGCAAAGGUAGGCCUCGUGAAAGAAUCUGAGAUUGCACUAAGCAGACUUCGUGGCAAAGAUGCAGAUGUUUCGCGGGAAUCUGCUGAAAUCCAAGUUUAUAUUGAGACUCUUCAAAGUCUUCCUAAAGCUAGAAUACUGGAUUUGUUUGACAGCAGACACAUACGAUCAGUGAUUAUUGGCGUCGGACUAAUGGUGUUCCAACAAUUUGGUGGGAUUAAUGGAAUAGGUUUCUAUGUAAGCGAAACCUUUGUAGCAGCUGGGCUAUCUUCUGGCAAAAUUGGAACAGUAGCUAUUGCUUUGAUUCAGGUUCCAAUAACUUUAAUUGGAGCGAUAUUAAUGGACAAAUCUGGAAGAAGACCUCUUCUUAUGGUGUCUGCAACUGGGACAUUUCUAGGCUGCUUCCUAACUGGAAUUUCUUUCUUUCUCAAGGAUCAAAAUUUAUUUAUCAGAUGGGUCCCCUUUGUGGCUGUUUCUGGAGUACUGAUUUAUAUGGCAUCAUUCUCUAUUGGAAUGGGAGCAGUACCUUGGGUGAUAAUGUCUGAGAUCUUCCCUUUACAUGUGAAGGGAGCAGCAGGGAGUUUGGUGGUGCUAGUAAACUGGUUGGGUGCUUGGGCAGUCUCCUACACCUUCAACUUUCUUAUGAGCUGGAGUCCUACUGGUACAUUUUCAAUAUACUCUGGAUUCUGCGCACUCUGUGUACUAUUCGUGGCAAAAAUAGUACCCGAAACCAAGGGAAAAACAUUGGAAGAAAUUCAGACAUCCAUCAACUCGUAGACACGGAGAGAUAUAUGAAGUAGACAUGGUUUUUUUUUUUUUUUUUACAUAAUCUAUCCAGUAUUCCAUUUGAAAUGAAAUUCCAAGGCCAUUACAAGAAGAGUUAUGGAGGAACAAAUUUAAGGCUUUGAUGGUGUAUAACAGAGAAUUUCCUUGGCGUCACAAGAAAGUUGGGAAUACAUCUUCAAUCUGAGUUUGAAAUAAUCAUUUUGGUUAUGUAACCAACUGAAACUGAGUUCUGUGUAUGGAAAAUAUGAGAAAUUGAGUGGAGUUACAUUCCUAUGUUCUUGCUUGGGAUAUGACCAAAUAGCACCAGUUGUGACCAAUAUUUUGAGAUUAAUAAAACCUAUUUCAUUUCUAA